AUAGAUCCGUAAUAUUUGCUGCUGUUGUUAUUGUUGUUUGUGAAAUUAAUCCUUGGGAAUAAGGAGAUAUAGGCUUUUGCGAUUGUGGUAGUGCUUUGUCAAAUAUGGCUUUCCGCUUUCCACCAUUUUUUUUCUAGCUAGUACUAAUUCUGCCAUUGUUGUCUGAUCAUUAAGAUCAAUAUAUAUAUAUAUAUGUGUCUGCAACUUGUGCGCUUUUCUCUCUUUUCUUUUUUUUUUCGGUUUGGUAUGAAUGUGGUCGUAUGUAGAGAAAACAUGGCAGUAGUACAAUAGUACUAAUAGUAGUAGUAGUAGUACUGUUACUGAUCUCGGCUACUCGCUCCCUAAUUUGUCCUUUUAUCGAAAUUUUCCUGGAAAAUCUCUAUUUCAUUUUUCUUUGUUUUCUCUUUUCUUUUUGGCAACGCUUCGUUUUCGAGAAAUAUUUUAUAUCCGGUAAAAUCAUUACGACUUGAUUGAGAUUUUCGAGAUUUGAGUUUAUUAUUUUUCAUUAAUUAAUUUCUCUGUCUAGUUUUUAAUGGUGUCUUCGUUAUUUAUCUAUUCUACAGUACCACUAAUCUAUAUAUAUAUAUAGUUAUAUACUGGCGGUGUAUAUACCUAAGCCCCGUGAGUCUUCUCAAAUAUUAGAGAGAGAGAGAGAUUUUCCAUAAAAUCGACGGCUACUGUUAUUCUUCUGAAUUUGAUUGAUUGAUCCGCCAUUGAUGUGAUAUAUUCACAAGCAAUAAGAACACGGUACUAUUCACUUUCAUAUCUAACAUUGUUUCUCUCUCUUAAAAACAGGUUUUAGAGAGAGAAAAAAAAAUAUGGAGAUGAUUUCAACACAGUCGUCAUCGAAGAAGAAGGUAGCCGCGUCGGUAGCCGCACUCUUCACCGUAUUACUACUCUUCACAUUUCGACCUGUUUUGGGUAACGAACACGAACGAAGCUCCAUUAAUGGUGAAGGAGAGAACAUCCUGCUCAUGAGUCGAGGUACAACUGAAAUUCACCGCAAGCUCCUUGGUGGAAAAGAAUCUGGAAGAAUAGAAUUGGACCGAAUUAGAGGUGGUGAUAACUGUUCGAACUCUGAUAUAAUAGCAUUCACCUCAAAUGUGGCUGGUUUAGCUCGGUAAAUCUCAUCAACCCCAAAAUCUUCAAACGUCUUAAAUUUGAUGAUUGUCUCGUUAAUGAUGGGAAACCUUUGCUCAAUGGUUCUCUUAUCAAUUUCAAGUAUUCCACUACUAGGCUUUUUCCUUUAUCGGUUUCUUCUGUUAUUUGCGGUUGAUUAGUUUUAAAUAUACCAUAAUACAUAGUUAUUACAUAAAUGAUAUGAAAAGGGAUUUUUUUUUUCUUUUUUUCUACUGUAAAUGGGGUUAUUUGAUUGGUCCAUAGACUUGGGGAUUACUACUAUAUAUACAUAGUUAUUAUAUAUGAAAUUGUGAAUGAAGUGAUAUGUUGAGUACAGUCAUUUUGAGACAAAAUUUCGAGUUUGAAAUUAUUUGUAAUUUUCAGAGACAAAAUUCACGCAUGAAGCACACUGCGUAUUAUUACAAAAAUCAUUCUCUCUACUUAUUAUUAACAAAAAUUAUAUAAUAGAAAAAGAUUAAUUAAGCCAAAAUGAAAAAGAAGAGAAUGAUUUGUUCAAAAAUAAAAAAGAAGAGAUUUUAGGAUGGCAAUUCAGGGUCACUAUCAUUCUUUUCCAUUCUUUUCCAGCAGCUCAAUUUUGAUGAUUCUAAAACCUCUAAUUCUUAACUCCUCAGCUACUGAAGUAUCUUUAUAAUCAACCUUUUCGAUGUUCCAACCCUUAUUAUGUACCGAACCACCAACUCUUACUUUUGCAUCUUCUUCAACUCCAUCAUCAUCAAUGACAAGAGCCCCAUCCAAGGAUAGAUUUUCCAGAAAAACAUUGCGACCCUUAACAAUCAUAGUGGACCUUUGAGAUAUUGAGCAACUACCACUAACUUUCUUUUUGAUAUCAUUAAAGGUGAGACCCCAUUUAGGCUUCCAUGUGAUACGAGGCCACACUUCAACCUCCUGUCCAUUGAAGACCUCUAGUACAGGAUCAGCUACAUAAACACCAGCCUUUCUAAGAAUGUGACUAUUAGCACGGUAGAUGGCCAUUUCUCCCGAAGUGGCACUAUGAUACGGAUUACCCUUUGGUACCUUAGCAGCAUCCUCAGGGUUAUUUUUCACCGGUGCAUAUGCAAACCAUGCAUCCAUUACGGUAAAUCCCACUCUAGCUGUUGGAGGCAGUGUUUUUGGGUAAUCCUGCAUCAUACAUUCCAGCCUUGUUGAAGAUUUAAAGGAAGUUUUGCUUGCAUCUUUAUACUUUGGAUUAACAAACUCC